AUGGGCUGGUGGCCCUUUUCAGGUUCAGGCGCAGACGCCGCAGCAAAACAGCAGCACCAACAGCCAGCUACUAUCUCAAGUUCCACAUCACCCGUACAAAAACCAAACGACGCGCCCACACCGACAAUGUCACAAACACAUUCUGCCCCCCACGAUCCCGACUUCUAUGCCGCCCACCCACACCUCGCUCCGCCCUCUUUUUCUUCCAAUACUGUCUCGUCGUCGACAACGAACAGCACAGACAACAACACACAAAAACUCGAGGAGCUCGACCCUACACUACCCCGUACCAUGUCCUGCCGCGCCGCCUUUGAUAGCGCCUUCUAUUGCUCAUCGCUCGGCGGCCACUUCAACGAUAUAUACCGCUAUGGACAACUAAGAAGCUGCUCCGACCACUGGAGCGACUUUUGGUUCUGUAUGCGCACAAAGAAUAGUCGGAGUGGCCAGGAAGUCAAGGAGCGCAUGGUGCAGGAUAGGUAUCGGGAAAAGGAAACGGUGCUCAAGAGCGGGCCUAAUAGCGAAGAUAUUUGGCGUAAAAGGAAGCCAGGAGAAGAGGUUAGAGGGGCAUUCAGUAGGCCUGCUGAUGUCUAG